ACGAUAAAGAUAAACCCUGGUUGGUAGUGUCACAGAGUAAACCCUGCUUCACAGAAUCGAUUCGACGCAGAUGGAGUUGUGCACGGCGAUUCCACCGUCGCGUUGUUCAGUUCCGCCACCAAGCUUCUCUGCUCCGCCCACACUUCAUGGAAGAUUCCGCCAUUCUUUCCCAACCACAACCUCAGUUCCCCUUCCGCGCUUCACCCUGUGCUGCUCCUCCACAAUCAAAGGCGGAGGAGGAGGAAGGUUGCAGUUGCGGUUGCGGUUGAGACCCCGUGUAGCAACCAACGAAGGCAGUUUAUGCGAAGUGUUGGAUGAUAGCCGAAUGAUUCGAGUGUGUGACAAGCUGAUUGGGGUUUUCAUGGUGGAUAAGCCCACUCCAACGGAUUGGAGAAGGUUGUUAGCUUUCAGCAGAGAAUGGGAAACCAUCAGGCCCCAUUUCUUCACGCGGUGUCAUGAUAGAGCGGUUGAGGAAGCCGAUCCCGCCAUGAAGGAGAAGCUGCUUCGCUUAGCGAGAAAGCUUAAAGAGGUUGAUGAGGAUGUGCAGAGACACAAUGGUCUUCUAGAAGUGAUUAAUCAGAAUUCUUCAGAAAUUAGUGAGAUAGUCUCCAAGCGUCGUAAGGAUUUUACAAAAGAAUUCUUCGUGCACCUUCACACAGUAGCUGAGUCCUACUAUGACAAUGUGGAAAAGCAAACUGGGCUGGCAAAGCUUGGGAACACAUGCUUGGCUGCUGUACAAGCCUAUGAUGCUGCUACUGAAAGCAUUGAACAGCUAAAUGCUGCAGAGCUGAAAUUCCAAGAUAUUAUCAACUCUCCCUCACUUGAUGCUGCCUGCAGGAAGAUAGACAACUUGGCUGAAAAAAAGGAACUUGAUUCGACACUGGUGUUGAUGAUCACCAAAGCUUGGUCAGCUGCUAAGGAGUCAAAUAUGAUGAAAGAUGAGGUAAAAGAUAUCCUCUAUUAUUUAUAUAAGACUGCAGUUGGAAAUCUUCAGAGACUCGUUCCAAAAGAGGUUCGGAUAAUCAAGUAUAUUAUUCAAAUUGAAGAUCCUGAAGAGCAACUGGGUGCCCUUAAAGAUGCAUUUACCCCUGGAGAAGAACUUGAAGGAAAGGAUGUGGAUAAUUUGUACACGACUCCAGAGAAGCUUCACACAUGGAUAAAGACUGUACUGGAUGCUUAUCAUCUAAGCCAAGAAGGUACCGUCAUUAGGGAAGCAAGAGAUCUGUUGAAUCCACAGGUCAUCCAAAAACUGGAGAUGAUAAAAAAGCUUGUUGAAAAGAACUUCAUGUGAAUAUGAGUAUAGAAAACAUGCUAAGGUGGUUUCCUACUCUCAAUCAUAAUAAUGGGCAUGAGGUUCUUGAUCACCAUCAACUUCAAGCGCUGGUUUUCAAUAACACUGCUCUAAUGUCUUGUCUAUAUUCUGGCUGCAAAUUUUUUUCAACCAUGACAUAAGUUAAAUUAGGAAACAAAACUAGACAGCUAGUAUAGUUGUAGAAUGAAAAGUUAGGUUACCUUUGUUCUUUUUUUUUUGGUUACAAGGUUACCUUUGUUUUAGUUACACUAGGAGUUUGAAAAUUGAGAAUAGGGGGUUGUGUUCUUUGCAUGUAUGAGAGGAAAAUAUUGUAUGGCAGGUUGGCCAUCCAACAAAUGGCCUGACCCUUUGUAGGGUCUAUUAUGUUGUCAUAUGUUUGUAGAUAAAAUAUAUAUUUGCAGAUUUGUUUUAUCAUUUUUGUAGGGUCAAAUUUGUAAUUUUAAAUUCAUGGUUAUUAUAUGUAUCUGAAUGCUGAACAAAUGAACUCAGUAGUAAAAUUACAGUGGUUUCAUUCUUGUUUGAGAAA